UAUAAAUGUUCCUUUAUUUAGGCCAAUUUAUAAUAAACUUGUGAUCUAGAUUAUUCUCGUUGUAUAUUACGAACAAUAGCUCAAUAUUUUUUGUUUAUUACAAAUUAAUAACAGUGUAGAUACAAUUUUUAAUAGUUCCCGCGCAUUCGUGAGUGAUUCCAUAUAUAUAUAUAUAUACCAGCAUUUUGGGUAGUCGCUUUGACAUUGAGUUUGUUUGCACUGUUUGUAACAUCUCACUAAGCGUUAAGCGAAUGUCUUUGAAUUGCACAAUUACUUUUUUAAGAGAUCGACAAUUUAUUUUCCGAAACGAUAUAUAAGUUCUUUAAAGUAAUAAGAUAUGGGAUUUCUACUUUACACUCUAGUUUUAAUCACAUUCCUGGCAAUAUUAUGGAAAAUAAACUCUGUCGCGAGAUGUGUAUUGAAAUUUACGUUUUUUGGGAUAACCAGUAUGAUAUUUGCUUGCGCACCUAUUCCGUUAAUGCUUCUAAAACCCCGUGAUAGUAAAAACGCUUUAAUACCUGCUGCACUUCUAAGAGCCACCGAAAGAAUUUAUGGUCUCUCUUAUAAUGUGGAAGGAAUUGAAAACAUAAUUAAAGAUAGUGGUUGUGUAGUUUUAAUAAAUCAUCAAAGUGCUAUUGAUCUAUUUGUUUUGGCUUAUCUUUGGCCAUUAAUGCCAAAUUCUACUGUGAUAUCGAAAAAAGAAAUUUUUUAUAUCCAACCGUUUGGUUUGGCGUCGUGGUUAUGGGGAACUAUUUUUAUAAACAGGGUGAAUGCGAAAGACGCACAAUCAACUGUUAAUCAAACUGGAGAAAUUAUUAGGAGACGAAAGGCUCGUGUAUUGAUGUUUCCCGAAGGUACUAGGAAUUUAGGAAAUACGUUGUUACCGUUUAAGAAAGGGGCUUUUCAUUUAGCUAUCGCCUCUAAAGUUCCCAUUCAACCGGUAGCUGUGUCUAGAUAUUCAUUUUUAGGGAAAUUUAGAUUCGAUUCAGGGCACAUAACAAUAAGAAUUCUUCCAGCUGUUUCUACAGAAGGUUGUACGUCUGAUGAUAUACCAAAAUUGAUAGAUAAAACUUAUAAAAUGAUAUCAGAAAAUGUCAAUGAAAUUUCUUCAAAAAAUAAUGUGAAAAACAAUUUAAAAACUAGCUGAGUGUUCAAUAUAUUGAAAAACAAUUUUUUUAUUGUUAAAUGUUUAUUCUCAUGUUGUGUUUUAACUAAUUGUAGAAGAUUUAAUUUUGUUUAUUUAUUUUAAAAUAAAUUUUAAUUUAAUUUUGUUACGUUUUUUAUUUUUACAUUAUUUCAUCCUUGGGCACAUGUUAUUUCCAAUGAAAGAGCGUUUAAGAUGUAUGAAUUGAAUAAACCGGAAUUAUUUUAAAUAAUAACUAUAUAUAAAUAAAAAAUAAAGUUUACUUUGAUU